ACCAGCGUGCCACUUCGUCCUUACUAAUUGCUUAUGCCACCUCUUAUGGCACUGAUAUUGGACACAUGCUUUGGCCACCUUCUAUUUGAAUAUCUUAUCUUAUCUCAUCAGACUUCACAGAGAGAGAGAGAGAGGAGUCGUAGCUGAUCAUCACCCUCCAUUAUUGCCAUGGCUUCACAGCUUCACUUCGUUUUGAUUCCUCUAAUGGCCCAAGGCCACAUGAUUCCCAUGAUGGACAUGGCGAGACUAUUUGCAGAGCGGGGAGUAAUGGUCACCAUAGUCACUACCCCCUUCAAUGCUCUUCGCUUCAACUCCGUCAUGCACCGGGCUAUUGAAUUCGGCCUCCCCAUUCGUCUUCUCCAACUCCAAUUUCCACAUGCAGCAGCAGGCUUACCGCCAGAGACGUCUGAGAAUCUGGACACCCUCCCCUCCCGAGGUUUGGCCAAGAGCUUCUUUGAUGCCACCGAAAUGCUCCAAGAACCACUACAACAAUCGCUCCAAGAACUACGACCCUCACCCAACUGCAUUAUAUCCGACAUGAUUCUCCCAUGGACAUCUGAUAUCGCCCACAAGUUUCAAAUACCCAGAAUCAUCUUCCAUGGAACCUGUUGCUUCUCUCUCUUGUGCAUCCACAAUAUACAACACCACAAGGUUCUUGAGAGCAUCACCUCCGACUCAGAGCCCUUUGAGGUGCCAGGCCUACCAGAUCGAAUUCAGCUCACCAAAGACCAUCUUCCCGGAACUGUUACUCAGACCUCUUCGGAUCUACAAGAUUUUCAUAAUCGUAUAAGAGAGUCUGAACUAUCGUCCUACGGAGUGGUGGGGCUAGAAGCAUCAAACCGCCCAUUCAUUUGGGUAGUCAGAAACAGCAAUGAAUCCUUUGAGGAAUGGUUGUUGAAGGAAGGUUUUGAGGAGAGGACCAAAGGAAGAGGUCUCCUGAUUCGGGGCUGGGCGCCUCAGGUAUUAAUCUUGUCUCACUCAGCCGUAGGUGGCUUCUUGACACAUUGCGGGUGGAAUUCAACAGUGGAAGGGGUUUGUGCGGGUGUGCCCAUGAUAACAUGGCCUAUGUUUGCAGAGCAGUUCUGUAAUGAGAAGCUGAUUGUACAAAUUCUCAAGAUUGGAGUCAGGAUUGGUGUUGAUGUCCAAUGUAAGUGGGGAGAGGAAGAGAAGGUUGGGGUGCUGGUAAGGAGAGAACAAGUGGAGAAGGCCAUAGUCCAGUUGAUGGAUGGGGGAGAUGAGGCAGAAGAUAGAAGACAGAGAGCAACAGAGCUCAUGGAGAUGGCAAAGAGAGCAGUGGAAGAGGGGGGAUCUUCUCAUACCAACAUCACACUGUUGAUCCAAGAUAUCAUGAAUCAAGUAGUCAUUCAGAACAAACAGCCACUGUAAUUGUAUCCUCACACACAGUUACAAGGUCAUUAAAAUUUAAACUAGUGCGUAACAGAUUAUGAAUCCAAGUUCGAUUAAACCGAAUAAUGGAAACAUACAGGUACUCUAUAAAGUGUGAGAGGCUUCAAUUCUUCAAUAUAGGUAAAAAAUUAUGGUAUAAAGUGUGAGAGGCUUCAAUUUUUCAAGUCUCUGAAUAAGUUUUUACUCUCUAAUAUGUCCCCUCAUUUGAAAGUUCAUUUCGCUCAAA